UGAGCUUCUGCAUUCAGAAAACACUUGCUCAGGAGACAAGCGCUCAGCGGCAGCGCCCACCAGCAAGCGCACCGAUGGCGGCCGCCGGGGACGGACAGACACAGACGCCGACGCCGACGCCGCAACAGGAGCCGGAGCCAGUGGCGGGAGCGGUGGCUGGAGGCGGCGUGAUCGCGAAGCUGGAGGAGGAGUGGCGGAAGACGAAGGAGCACGCGCAGACCUACCCGUACGUGUGGGGCUCCUACAUCCUCGUCUACGGCGGCCUCGGCGCCUACCUCGCCUGGCGAUGGCGAAAGCUCCGUCGCACCGAGGACCGCGUCCGCCUUCUCCAGGACCGCCUCCGCAAGCUCUCCGCCGCCGAGGAAUCGCAGGCCGCCUCUGCCUCCGCUUCCACUGCCUCGACCCCUUCCCCGCCGCAGCAGUCGACUUCUGGGCCCGCAAAGCCCGCCUCUAGGUCGUGAAUGGAGGAGUAAGUUUCCAUUUUUCCAGCUUCUUGACAUGGAUUACAAGCUACAGAGGGAUUUCGGCAUCGUUUGAGCUCGCUGCUGUUCUUGGUUGCUGAUUUGGUUGGUGAUACUAGUUCAGAAGUAGAGGUGGAGGACUAUAAUACAGAGUGCUGAGACGUUGGUGAUCCUCUCUUUGUAAUCGAAUCAUUAGGGAGAAGCUUAAAAUUUUGUGGAUCAUGUGUAGUCAUUCCAAGGAUUUGGAUUUACAUCGCAACUUUUGACUAAAAAAACAGUUAAGGAAAACAGGUCUUGUUUUUCCAUGGUUUGGUUUCA